AUGGACGGCUCAAGGACUGCCACCUCAGCUGCGGCGGAGGAUUCGUCCUCGCUGCGCAUGAAUCCCUUUGCUACUCCCGGCGCUGAGUCUACCGAGAACCCUUUCGCGACCCCAGUUGCUGCUACACCUAUUGCCGAAUCUGUGGAAUCACGACGUUUGACACAGACUCGAGAUGCUUCUUCUUAUGAGAUCACUGGCCCUCGCCGGCGCUUCAAGAGCAGUCGUCUCACAGGCGAUUUUGAGAAGCCAUGGCUAGAGCAAAAGGAGACAGGCUUCAAGAACUGGAAUUGGGAUAGCAUCAUUUUCUACACAUGUAUCUUCAUCGGUCUGGGAAUCGGCGGAUACUUGUGUUACAAGGAGACUGUUAGUGUUCCCAAGCAUGAAUACUGCCUGGUUAUGGACGACACAUUUAAAGACCUUGACAACUGGAACCAUGAAGUCCAGAUGAAUGGCUUUGGUACUGGUGCCUUUGACUGGACCACAAGAGAUGAAGCCAACUCAUACGUCGAUGCAGAGGGCCUACACAUCGUCCCUACCAUGACGCUUGAGAGCACUGAUAUCACCCGCGAUCAACUGCUAAACGGCUACACCGUCAACAUGACCACCAACAGCAAGACCUGGGGUGAGUGCACAGCAGAGGACAUCAAGAAGAACCAAGACCGCUGGCCCUGCGCAUCUCACAGUAACGCCACUCUGGGUCAGAUCAUCAACCCCGUGCGUUCCGCGCGCCUCAACACAAAGGGCAAGAAGACCAUCAAGUAUGGCCGCGUGGAGGUUACAGCGCGUAUGCCUCGCGGCGAUUGGCUCUGGCCUGCCAUUUGGAUGAUGCCCCAGGAUGAGGUCUACGGAGAGUGGCCAAAGUCAGGCGAGAUCGAUAUCGCUGAGAGCCGUGGCAAUGACGCAAAGACUUAUCCCAUGGGCAAUAACCUCGUGUCUUCGGCGCUUCACUGGGGCACUGCUACUCAAAAUGAUCGCUGGAGGAGGGCUUAUGGUGAGUGGGGAGGCAAGCGAGUUCUUUACUCUGAGGACUUUCACACCUACGGUUUGGAGUGGAGUGAGAAGUACCUCUUCACUUGGCUGGAUGGCCGCCUUCGACAAGUUCAAUUCUUUGACUUCACCAAGAACAAGAACCUCUGGACCUAUGGUGAAUUCGCCGGCGAGUCCAUCAACGGUUCCAUCCCCGUGGAUCCCUGGGGCAGCACCGGUCGUAAAAAUACUCCAUUUGACGAAUCGUUCUAUCUCAUCCUCAACGUUGCAGUUGGUGGUACCAAUGGCUGGUUCCCUGAUGCGAUCGGCGGUAAGCCCUGGGCUGACAGUAGCGAGACCCCUAUGCGUGACUUUUGGAAGGCCAACGAUACCUGGCUGCCCACUUGGGGCCCUGUAAAGGACCGCGGCAUGGUUGUCAAAUCGGUCAAGAUGUGGCAGGAGGGCGCUUGCUGA